UGCUAUUCUCCCCACCCUGCUUUGGAUGUAUACCCCUCCCUUGAGAAAAAAAAAACGAAUCCAUUCGUCUGCAGAUUCCGGAUCUUCCCUUACCAGCUCUCCCUCCCUGGCUAUCGCUCCUCUCAGUUACCGGCUCUUGCUUCCUCUCUCUUAUCAGCUUUCACCCUGCCUGGAUCACCCGGUUCGCUCAUUCUAAGGCUCCCCCUUCUCCUUACAGCACAGAUAACAGAAAUGCUUGACAGGUCUUGAUUUUUGUUGUUUCUCCUUUCUGUGUGCGUGCAUGCGUCUGUGUGUAAGGGGGAGAGCCUUUUGAAGCAGACAGACCGGCAUUAAAAAUCAAGCCUUUCUGCUAUCUUGUCAUCUGUGCUGUGGAAUUUGCGAGCUGGGGAGUGAGAGAGCUGUGAGGGAGGGGAAGUGAGAGCCAGGCAGGGAGAAAGCUGCUAAGGGAGAGGGAGCAAAAGCCGGUAACAAGAGGGGAUUGAGAGCCAGGGUGGGAGAAAGUUGCUAAGGGAGAGGGGAGAGAGGUGGUAAGGGAGAAGUAAUGAGAACAGGUAAGGGAGGGAGAGUCAGAGAGGGAAGAAGAUACCUUUGGCAAUAAAAAUGACACCCUGCAAUAAAAAAAAUGUAUAUUGGUAGUGCAGCCACAAUAAUGCUCAGGAUAGCAUAUCUAAACAUAACUUAUUUUUUUUUUAUCAACCCUCUGCAACCAUUUUGUCUUUCUAUAUUGGUAUCAAGUAGUGGAAUUCCACAUUUUUUAGUAACAACUUCAUUCCACUUAUUUCAGCACAACUGCUGGGGGAUUUCUUUCUGUUACAACUAGAUCGGGCAGCAGCAAAGACAGCUAUGUGCAGCUGGGAACAGACACAGGCAGUGGGAGGGGAGGGGUUCUCCGAGCUAAAGCAGAUUUCAGCCUGUCAGUCAGUGAUGUGAGCAUUUCCUGUGAGAGAAUGAACAGACACUCCCACACCUCAUUUCAGCUUAGACUCUGAGCAGUAAGGAUCUCUCUGCAGCUCUGAUAUAGUGACAGUUUUAAGAGGUCUGCUGCUAGUUAAUGUCUUGGAGCAGCUAUGAAAUAUAUGGGGUCAAAGGAUCCAUUCCUACGAGAGAUACUAUAUUUUUCCUUGUGUUGCCGUGGAGCAACACUUGCAAUGCAGGUUGUGUUCAACCUCCUUAUCCCAGACCACAUCGCUGAUGCCUUCUCUCCACCACGAGCUCCACCUUCAGGUUACGGCAACCAACUAACAGAACUGUUCCUGGGGGGUCUUGGACGAUGGGAUGCAGAACAUUUUCUCUUUAUAGCAGAGCAUGGCUACGUUUUUGAACAUAAUAUGGCUUUCUUUCCAUUGUUCCCACUCACCCUAGCAGGAUUAGCCUAUGGUUUGCUCUGGCCUCUGGGAUUCAUGCUUUCUGUUCGUAGCAGACUACUUUUGUCUGCUGCUCUUCUGAAUACUGGCUGCUUUGUAUUGGCAGCAAUUGUUUUGUACCGACUGGGCUGUGUUGCUCUCCAGUCACGGCGCUCUGCAUUCCUGGCCGCCCUUCUCUUCUGCAUGAACCCAGCCUCUAUCUUUAUGACUGUAGCCUAUUCAGAGAGUCUGUUUGCACUGGCCACCUUUGCUGGACUAUGGCAAUUAGAAAAAUGUAGGCCUUUCCGAGGCUGCUUUCUGUUUUCACUUGCCACUGCUGCUCGUGCCAAUGGACUAGUCAAUGCUGGUUUCUUGCUGUACUUUGGGGUCCAGUCAGUCAUACAAGGGACAAUAAGUUGUAGAAGAAUAUAUCAAAUUCUGUUAGCAACUGCUGUGAUAAUUCUACCUUUUGCUUUAUUCCAGUAUUAUAGUUUCCAGCAUUUCUGCUCGGUAUCUGCUAUAGAAGGAAGUGUUACCCCAGAACUGAUGCAGCUUGCAAUAGAAAAGGAAUACCGUGUACAUGGCCUGCCAGUCCCAGCAUGGUGUGCUGCCAGCCUACCACUGGCUUAUUCAAACAUACAAAGUGAUUACUGGGAUGUCGGACUUUUUAGCUAUUUUCAACUGCGUCAGCUGCCAAACUUUCUUUUAGCAUUACCGGUGAUAUUGCUAGGUACUAGGGCAAUAUGGGAAUAUGCCUUUGCCAAUGUAAAUGUAUGCAUGACUCUGGGGCUCUGGGAAAAGCGACAAACGCCUUCCAGUGGAUAUUACGGACCUCGGAUAUUUAUUUAUGUGGCACAUCUUACUGCUCUAAUGAUGUUCGGAGUAUUCUGCAUGCAUGUACAGGUUAUCACUCGCUUCCUCUUUUCUUCCUCUCCUGUACUUUUCUGGUUCUGUUCUCUCCGCCUUCAGCAGAAUGAACCAUGGAUGUGGGGACUUGAAAUUGGCGAGUCAGCUUCCAACCCAGCAGUUCGCUUGCUCUAUUCCUGGACUUCACUUCAGCGUCCUACUCGUUUUAUGCUGGGAUAUUUCUUAGGUUACUGGUUACUUGGCACUGCUUUGCAUGUCAAUUUCCUUCCAUGGACAUAGCAAAGAUAUUGUGUUGGUGAAAGUUAAAGGGCAAGUUCACAGUAAAAUGAUUUUUUAUUUUUGUAUUACAUUUUUAAAUAUCUUUGUGGAUUUUUUUCUUUUUUUAAAAUGUAUCUUUUUUUUCUUUUGCCUUUUUCCACACAGUGGAAAUACCACAGUGAAUACCAGGCUGGAUUUCUUAUUUUUAGUCUAAAGCAGCUAGACUUACUGAGAUUCAACACUUAUCCCAGUGGCUUAUUUAUUUUGAUGGGUUGGUAGGGCAUUCCUGGGCAUUUAAUGCUAUUAAGGGUAAAAGAGUCACCAACAUCUAAUCACAAUGGUGAAAUCAGAAAUCAAUACAUCCAAUUAUAGUUGGUAACAAGGAGCCAUACAGUGAUAGCCUCAGCUGCUUCUGAGGAGAAGCUCUUCCCAUUUCCCAACACUAAUUGCUGCACAGCAGGUUAUAAUAGAGUUUGACAUUUGGAGCUGAGCCUACCUAGUAGCAUAAGAGACACUGUCUAUGAAAUUUCCAUCAGACUGCUGAACCAUAAGCCAGAUGAUAGCAGUCUAAAGCUUUUAAUUAGAGGUCUUUAGGGUUGCCACCUUUUCUGGAAAAAAAUACCAGCCUUCCUUCAUCCUUGCUGUCCUCAAGCAUAAUUUUUACUGGCCAAGCCUGUGAAAUAUCAGCCAGGUGCCAACCCUAAUGGUCCUUGCAAAAGCUAAUGGUUUGUCUCCUUAAUUUGGGUGGGGUUAUUGCUAAAGCACAGGAUUUUAAUAACCUUGUGUUAUACAGAAUUUUGCAAUAAUCAUUAUUUUCGGUGGAAAGCAUAUUGGAGACCAAAGAUAUUGAGCAACUGAGAAAUAUUGUUAGCAUCAGAUUGGCAGGACAGGUGCUUGUGUGGGAAAGGGGUUGCCUGUUUCUUGUUUAAAUUUAAGUUUCUGGCUGUAAGACGUGAAGUGAAAUAUAAAGCUGCUGUGAGACUGCCCUGCGCACAAAGUAUUUAAAAGGAUACCUGAAGCAGGGUUAGCACAUUUUUCCACUCCUGCAUGUUAUGCUAUCGAUAAAUUUAAAAGAUAUAAAUAGUCUAUACUUGCUCCUUCGGCAGUCCUUAUUAUGUGAUAAUAUAGCCAGCUUUUUGGCAGUUCUUUGUCUAGCAUAAUUACAUGAGCUAUGACUUAGCUACAAUUCAGUAAACUAACCAGACACCCAGGGUAGUAACAUUUGGAACUGGGGCCAGCUUUCCCCUACUAAUGUAUUAUCCAUCCAUUGCACCUGCCCCUGAAAGUUAUACCAGUCCAGAUGCAAUACUAGCCAGAGCUUUGAGAAACCACCAAAAAAAAAUAAGAAAUAUAUAUUUUCUAAAGCAGAACAUUUCUAGAAAGGAAACAUUUGACUCUGACCCUUAUGCAUACAUGAUAGGUUACCAAUGAUAAUGGUAACCUAUCAAUGGUAGUAUUCUUUGAUAAGUCAGCUAUUCAAAUAACCUAUAUCCUUACAAAACAUAGGGAUCCCAUUUAACAACUGUAAAAAGAACAAAUGAAAAAAGGCCUGUGAAACAUGGAGAUUUGCAGCAGAUGCUACAAUCUGGGUAAAAAUAAUGGCGGUUCUACUGUAGGUUCUAUGGGAGAAAGCAAUGCAUGCCACAUAGGAAACAAUGAAACCUAUUAGUCUGGUACAAAAGUUACCUAGUACUAUCUGUGUAUGAUUUUGGCCUCGUCUUCCCAAUUACCCCCUUACAAAUGGCUUCAACUGUGUUACUUUGUUUUUUACUGUUCUAUAGGAGGUAAAAGCUUAUAAGGAUACGGUGGUAUCAGUCAUAUACAUCCCACAGUAACAGUUAGCAAUCAGCACUUAGAUUUCAACAGUUAGAAAAUAAAAGCAAAAAUCUGAUCACCAAUUAUAUUUCACUCCACUUUUUACACAGCAUGAAAAAUAGAUAAUUUGAAACUGCCUCAAUGCAUAUUGGAGCACUCCCGAGAUAGAAUUAAUUAUAAUAUAUUAAUAUAUUGGGAGAGCUCAAAUAUGUGUUGAGGCAGUUUAAAAGUGUGUCUAUUUAUACUGUAUAAACCACUGAUUUCAUGCUUGUGCCUAUUCAGUACAUGAAUGUACAUCAGUUCCUGGCUUUGUAUACUGGUUAAUGAUCACCAUAUUCAUCAGUAUGAUUUUUUAAAUGUAACAGUUAGGGGGUUAUUUAUUAAAGUCUGAAUGCCA